GUUGGUCACCGCACCUCCCAUAUCCAAGUCUUCGAAGACUCUGUCGAGAGGAAUAAGAGAGAAGCGAAGCGAUGCCUUGUAUUCCCGCGACCGAGUUUUGCACGGCGCACGAGGUGCCGGAGGCGGUGGCGAGGCACCACGAGCACGCGGUGGGGACGAACCAGUGCUGCUCGGCGGUGGUGCAGACGGUGACGGCGCCGGUGGCGGCGGUGUGGGCGGUGGUACGGCGCUUCGACAGGCCGCAGGCGUACAAGCACUUCGUGAAGAGCUGCGACGUCGUCGUGGGGGACGGCGACGUCGGCACCCUGCGGGAGGUGCGCGUCGUCUCCGGCCUGCCGGCGGCCACCAGCACGGAGCGCCUCGAGAUCCUUGACGACGAGCGCCACGUUCUCGGCUUCCGGGUGGUGGGCGGCGAGCACCGCCUCGCCAACUACCGUUCCGUGACCACGCUCCACCCGGACGACGACGGAGGCGGACGCACGGUGGUGGUGGAAUCCUACGUGGUCGACGUGCCGCCGGGGAAUACGACGGAGGAGACGCGGGUGUUCGUCGACACCAUCGUCAAGUGCAACCUCCGGUCCCUGGCGCGGAUCGCCGGAAGCCUCCAAGUACGGCGCCGGAGGGCAACCCAUAAUUAAAUGGGAUCUCGCGGGCCUUCUUUUAUUUUCGUUUUCUUAUCAGAUCAAACAAGAUGACAAGCAAGCUCUGGACAUCUUAUUCCGACUCAGAAAACUGCAGCCUCUUCUUGUCUUUUCAUUUGAUAUCUGCAUCAGGUUCCUGUC